AUGGUUGUUAUCACCUUGUUGCUACUUUCUUCGAUCGUUCCCUUAUCCAAAAGUGCAGAUCCUUGGCAGAUUUACUUAUGCAAUCUGUUUGCCGUGCCUGAGGGAUAUUCUGGAUGUGACAUCAAAAAGCAGUAAGUCACUUUACUUUAACUAUCUAUUUAGUUUUGUUUCAAAAAAUCGUUUUCAAAAGCCUUUUGUCUUGUUUUUAUUUUCAAAAUUUCAGUCCGUUCCACAUCCCAGCACUAGAGCCGGCUUUGCCUGAUCUAUCUCGUGCUGUACAAGAUUCAGUACGGUCUACUGUUUACAAUAACGAAGACGACAGUAGCCUUCAGAUGGAGCUACAACAAUCAGGAGAACCUCUGUUUGUAAAAUGUAAACAGUCAAAAGACUUUAACAUCUUCAUGGCCGAGAACGAGCCAUUGGUCGAGAAGAUACUACGAAUUCCAGAUGAAAAAAGUAAGUAAACUAUUGCUAUUGCAUUCUGUUCUAUAACAGUUGUGAAACAAUAAAAGUAACGUUUUAGUGUAAGUUAAGUACAAUAUACAAAAAUAUAAACCUAAACAGAAAACGACUAAAACGUAGUAAGUUCAUAUAAAUGCCGAAAUGUUUUAGAACGCUUGGAGACUAUCACAAAACUAGGAAAGAUAGUGACAUCUGACAACACAGAAGAACUUAUGGUAGACACGGAAGACCUUAACGUAGAAUGUGUUAAUGUAAGAUUAAAAGUCACAUGUUACAUUAAUAUCAUCCAGUUUUACCUUUUCUACAUUCCAUAUUAUUUACAGUAACUUCCAGAGUAAAAACAUUGGAGAACCAGCCAAACGACUCCAACCGAUCCACUUCAAGAUAGGAUUGUCAUUGAGCGGUAACGAAACAGAAGAAGCUAUAGCUGAUCAACUGGAGAAAUCAAGUUUGAAAAGAGUUUUACCUAUUCAAAACUACCAGCUGAAUCUCCAACUUGACAUCAAAUGGAUGCCUUGGUCUUGUUGUUCAGCUUGUUGUUGCUCCAACGAUUACUGUGGCGUGGGAUAUGGUGUUUCUGAAAAGAAAUGGUAAGUCCAACGUACUAACUAUAGAAUUAAUUGCUAUUGUACCUGAAAGACUUUUAGACCACGAUUUUCUGCCCAAAAUUUCACAACUUUUAUGUCGAAAUAAUUUUACGUGUCAAGUCUCUGAUUCUUGGGUCAACAUGUACUGACAUUAUCUAUGGAUAGGGGUGAGAAAAGGGCCGGGCCGGGCCCACUUUUUAGGCCCGGCCCAGGCCCGGGGCCCAACGUUUAGGCCCGACCCGUUUACAAUUUUCUCUCAGGCCGGCCCGGUCCGGUCAGAAAAUUUCUAGGCCCGGCUCGUUUUAAAAAAUUAAAAAAAUUUUAAAACUUAAAAAAUAAACGGAAAUUUGGCUUUGCAUUGUUUUUUUAGGUCAUUUAUGUAUAAUGAUACCCAAUAAAAUCAAAAAACAUCAACGGGGAUUAAAAUAAAAAAUUUUUUAAAAUUAAAAAUUUUUUUUUUUCGGGCCCGGGCCCAAUUUUCAAGCCCGGCCCGUUUCAAUUUUAGCUCAAGGCCGGGCCGGGCCUAGACGGCCCGUUUCUCACCCCUAAUGAUGGAAGAUGGUAAAAAUUAUUUGGACAAUAAAUAUGUAAAAUUACAGUAAAGCGUUGCAAAGUCACAGAAGUCGAAUGGGAUAUGUGUCAUUUAUGAAGGUAGACAAGGAUAAACCAGUAAGUUUACCAUACUCUUGAAGAUAUUGUUUUAGGUGAAUAUAAACAACUUGUUAAAGGAUCAUAACAAUUCCCUAACAGAAGCUGAGGCCGCAGAAGUCUCAGUUGAAUUUGAUAAUGCCUUAUCAAGCAAUGAAUCUGAUUUUAUUCCAUUAUUUUCCCACUUCUUCCACUCGGACAUCAAACGAACCCAUGUGGAAGAAGCGUUGAACAUGGUAACUACAUUUUUUUAUUUCGUAAUACUAAAGUUAAAUUUUUGCUACAGUAUUGUUUAUGAAUAACAUAAUUUGUUAUCUGAAUAUUUAGGUGUUCAAGUUUCGAGGAGAAACACCUGACCUCUACGAAGUGUUACCCACAGAUUCCCAGCCUUUUGGCCGUUACGGUAAAGUUAUUGAAGACCAAGAAUGUGAUCAAAGCAACCCACAGAAGCAAUCUUGUAGUGAACUGGAUCGUUGUCGAAGACUACAUGAUCAAGGAAUCGUGUACUUCACGACGACUACAACAACAUUCAAGCCAAAAGUGGAAGAUAACUCAUGGAAAAAGAGCUGUCAACUUGUGGAGUUUGUGGAUAUUGUAGUAGAUGAGGAAGAAGAAAGCUUUCUAAUGAAAGUGGGUCUCAACUACAGAAUCUCCCUUCAGAUUGGACUCUUCGAUGAUGAUGACAAGGUAUUAUCAUUUAUAGUUGUAGGGUUAUUACUUUACAAAACAGUGUGUUUGUGUAAGAGUUGAUUAAUUCAGAUGCAUUGGCAGUUAGGAACAUCUGAUAUUGUACCUUACGACUGGUCGAAGAGUUGUUCUGAACAAGAUCUGGUCGUAUUACCCGAUAACAAGUCUAUCCUUCUAAUGGGCGAGUUUAAAAAAUUAUUCAUAAGACAGUAUCAUGACGACAAAGUACUAUCAAAAUAACUAAUUAACAUGUAACAGUAAUGUUGUUACUUUCAGGGUUUAGCAAAGAGAUGGUGCAAACCGUAAUAACGGCGUCCGUGAUCUGUAGAAACCAUUCUAACAGUUACUUCGUCAAAUUUCACAUACCAUAGUAAGUCAGUCCGUAAUGAACAUUUAUGUUCAAUAAUUUAGCGAAGAGAUUGCGUCAAAGUACAACAACAGUAUUCUAAAGUGGUCCGGUAUCAUUGCAGGUGAGCACAUGCUAUAUGUAACAAAAAUAGUGUUUACUCUAAAACAACGUUAACAUACAAAUGCGGUUUUCUAUUGAUCUAGUAAUUUGGGUACUGUUACAAAUUAUAACUUUUUUAGGUGUCAUAUCUUGCCUGUUGGUACUGGUCGCAUUGCAAGUGUACUACGAGAUACGAAAGAAACAACAGAUGAUCAAAGAAUUGGUAAUGCCUUUUCAAGCUACAUUAGAGUAGUACUAUCACUUAGAAAAACAUAAUUAUUACAGAUUGCCGAACUAGAGCCUCCUGAAGAAGAACCAGUGGUACCAGCAGUACCGACUCCACCUCCAGAAGGCGCGAGCGUCGUGGAAGCUGAAGGAGUACCAACACCCCCUACCGCCACGAACACCAACGUUCCAAACCUGCCUCCGGUGUAA